AGGGUUUGCAAAGCACACAUAGAAGUCAUCAGGAGCGGUGUCACCCAAAAGCCCAAGAGGCAAAUUCGGGAUGUAUGCAGUGGGCGCGCUUACUGCCUACUUGGACGCAGCAAUGCUGCCAAGGCCGGCAACGCGUUUGCGAGCUCUCCGCCUUUUUGUCCUUCAUCAAGCAGCAUUUUUCCGGUGUUUGUCAUGACGUUCUGGAGUCAGUGUUUUUCGACCAGAACGGCCAGGUGAUGGACUUUCCUUGCAGCCUGGUUGUUCUGCACAAUGAUUCGCAAAGGAACUUGCACUUGAACCGGCAUAGUCCUAUUGUGCAACGGCUGCGCUGCUUUGGGCAUGAACAGCUACAAGACAUUUUGGACAUCAUGUGGUGCUCUGGUGUUUGGCCAUCAUUUACCCAGCUUCAGAUAUCCGAACGCCGGCUUCAUCCAACAUGCCUAAUGUGUGGACGACUGGUUUGCGGCCCUCACAAGCAGAUGGUGCAGCCCUUGCCAUCCGGGCCUGUGCGAAGGCUUCAGGACGGCACUCCAUUCUUAAAGCUAAAUCCCAAUCGAAUGUGUCGGCGAAUUAGCGACCCUUGGAUGGUAGAAGCAGUGCAGUUGAUCCAGUGCUCUUGGACAGCAGAAGAAUCUGCAGCUCUGGUGGCAUCUGUGAAGCUGGCUGGCCAUUUGGGUUGGGAUGGAGUGAAGGAGCAUCUUCUCAGGCAGGGCAUCACGCGCACAAGUGAUCAAUGCCAGAAUCACUGGAGAGAGGUCUGCUCAGCGAAAGCCGGAGACAUUCGGGAUGAGCUGAGCGGCACUGUUGGCGAGAGAUGGCGACACAGAGACAAUGCUAUUAGUGCAGAGAUUGACGCUGUUUUGGAGGAAACUCCCAGCACUGACGCUUCCAGCUCUGACUUGGGCUCUGGAUUGAUCAUUUGGUCGCCUUUGUUGGCUUGCUACCUUGCGCAAGAGAUAUCGCUUGCUCGACCACCUGCUUCCCUGCUGCCAGAGCAGAUCCAAGAAGACUUUCUUGUUGGUUUGUCAGCCUUCUUCCGAACGCCGCUCAUUGACCGCACCGGUGUUCUGAACCAGGAUUGCAGUCUUCGCCUUCACAUUUUGGAUCCUGUGCCACAGAAACAGGCAAGCUUUUGCAAAGAUUUAUCAACAGUCAUGGAUGAGCGGGCAGUAUCGUUGCUCUCGUUGGCAGACACCAAGUGCUGCAAGUUGGAGGUCUUGUGGAGUGGAGGAAUUGACUCCACAUCACUCCUCGUCGCGCUGCUGCGUGCCUUGCACCCUGGAUGGCGUCCAUCAGAGGCACAUCAGCUCAUCGACUCGGCGAAAGAAAUGGAUCGGUUGAUAGUGCGCUGCAGUGCGGACUCCAUAGCAGAGUAUCCAUGGUUCCAUGAGCAUGUGCUUUUGCCGCUGGAGAAGGCUGGAGCGAUUGCCAUUGAGACAUUGGCAGAUUCGGAGGAGGUGACAAUGCUGUGGGAGGGACCCCAAAGCCGAAUCACGGUGACUGGUGAAUGCGGAGAUCAGAUCUUUGGCUCCCAGCUUUUGGAGGCUGCCUUUGUGCCGUCCGAGCUCUAUCCCAUCUAUCACCUUGGGCUUGAUGCUCCUUGGCAGGACACGCUUUUGCAAGUCCUUCUGGACAUGGGUGUGAUCAGGCCUGAGUACAAAGAUCGUUGGCUUGCCUGGUUCACGCCCUUUGUUGCACAAAGCCCCGUUCCGAUCAUCACCACGUUUGACGUGCUGUGGUGGCUGAAUUUGGCAUGCAAGUGGCAGACUGUGUGCCUCAGGCUUUUUCAACGACGCCCGCACCUGUCAUGGUCAGACCUGGACCGGAUUGUUCACUUUUUCCAGACUGAGGAUUUUCAGCAAUGGUCAUUUGUGCCGGAAAAUCAUGCUGCAAAGAUGGCUGACCACAAAGUUUGGUCAACCUACAAGCAGCCACUGAAAGAGUACAUCUUUUGCUACACACAGGACAGAAGCUAUUUCAAUGACAAGCUCAAAGCUGGGUCGCUUUGCCAGGUGAACGAUGCAAGCCACUUCGUAAUCAUGGGCAUCGACAACAAAUUGAAUGUCCUGCGGUUUGGGCCAACCUGCUUGAGCAGAAGACAGAUGGACAAGAAGUAUCCCAAAGAUGGAUUGCGCGCGGCUUUCUGGAGGGAAAAUGGAAUGCACGCGCAGUGUAGAGCUUUUGCGUCGGUUACUUUGGGUUUUGGACGCUUCCAACAGUACAAAUGA